AGCACGUCACGCGUGGUAUGAGUUUGAAGGGAGCGGUUGCAGGUCUGGCUAAUUUUUCGCCAUAACUGCCGGAAUUCAAACCCCGAAUCCCCGGCCCGAUCCCCCACAAGCACAAUUCCCUCCCCAUAAAUCGAAGAGGAAAAGGAGAGAGGGCGAGCCGGCGGGAGAGAAGGGGAUCGGCGCCGCCGGAGCAGCCGCCAGAAGGCCAGGACCGACGCCGCCGGCGAAGGCUCCAGUGGCGGCGACCGCAUCACCGCGCUGCCGCUGGAGCUCCGCGCGCAGAUCGCCUCCUUGCUCCAGUUCCAGUAGGCCGUCCAGCUCUCCACCCUCUCCCGGCCGUGGCGCCACAUCCACCACCACACGCCCGUCGUCGCCAUCAGCCUCUACGAUUUCCUCCACCUCGAGGAGAUCUACUUCGACCGCAAGCACUCCGCCCCCGGGCUCCUGGACGAGCGCUCCAUCCUCGCCGCCCGCGUCGCCCUCGGCCGCCGCGCGCAGGACGCGUCCGCGUCCCGGGUGGACGCCCUAAGGCUCGCCUUCGGCGCCGACGACCUCCGCAUGCGGCGCCACGCCGGCCGCAUCGUCUUGCUCGCCGACGCGCGCGAGAUCCGCAUCCGGGCAUACUCCGGCGAAGGCUCCGCGCGGGACGACGCCUGGGCGCUGGACCUGCCCCCCGCGGCGCGGGACCUGGAGGUCGUCGGGGCGCCCGGCCACGCCGCUCCCGCCGUCGCGGGGCCGGGCGCCGCCGCCCUGCGGAAGCUCAGCCUCGGCAGCGUGGUGAUCCGCGGGUGGCCGCCGCACCUCCUCUCCCUGCGCCCGCGGCUCGACGAGCUGGACAUCUUCUCCUCCAGGAUCGGGCACGCCCGUGUCGACGUCCGCCUGCCGCUCCUCAGGUUCAUCGACCUGGACGAGGUGGAUGUCAGCCCGGAAGACGGCCGGUCGGGAGGGCCGCCGUUCGGAGAGAUCACCAUCGACGCCCCGGAGCUGCUGGAGCUCGACGUGACCUGCAAUGCCGGGUCCACCACAGACUACAAGUCCUUCAGGGUGCGGGCGCCGAGGCUGCGUCUCUUGUGCUGGGCUAACCAGUUCGCAGAGCGCGUGGCCAUCGACGUCGGCAGGCCGGGGAGCGUCAAGGUGGGGGUGAUCCAGCAGAGGUCGGUCUACACGCGCGAGAUGGAGAGCUCCCGGGAGCAGAUGAUGCAGAUGCUCGGGGGGCUGCUCCCGGACCUGCCGCCGGAGAGCAUCGCCGGCGUCGCAAGGCCUUACAUGACGCUGGGAGAGUGCGUGGACUCUGAUGACGACGAAGACGAGCCUAAGCAGGAGAAGCUCACUUGCGACAUCGAUGGCCUCAUGUCGCGUGGCAUCUGAUCCCUGUGCUGCUCGGUGCCUGCUGAAUGACGAGGCACACUUUCGGAGCUCCGGCGGCGAAAGCUUGAAGGUCGAAUCUCGUCCCAGCGUGUUCACCGAUGGAUGCAGCCUGCAGACUGUAUUGUGCUAUGGCCUGUAAAUCCAUCCCCUAGUCCCAGUUUAGGAAUCGUUGAUGGUAUACAUUGGAAGAUUUCAAUAUAAAUGCAACGAAAUGGAUGCAGAGUUCUCGUGCA